GCCGGCAUUUCUUGACAAGCCGCUAUGCGGUACCACUAAAACGCAUUAGGGUAUUCUCCCAACUCGUUCUGCGAAUACAGAAACGAAAAAAAUAGUAAACAACUUUUAUUGGAGGGAAAAAAGGAAGUAGGUCAGUUGCCGUCAAAUAUCUGUCACAGACCCGAAAUAUACACGACAGCCGGUAGCUGACUACAGUUUACCUAACCUCUGAUCCGUAACGUCGCGUAUGCACAGCAGAUACAGUCGGCUAAAAUGAGCGUGGAGGAGGAAGUGUUUCGGAUCCAGAAGAAGAUGUUAAAGAUAUCGACGUCCAGCGACGGCACGGGACAGGAUCAGGCAUUGGACCUGCUGAAGGCCCUUCAAACUCUGAAUAUUAACCUGGAGAUCCUGACCAAGACGCGAAUUGGCAUGACGGUCAACGAACUGCGCAAGAGCAGCAAGGACGAUGAGGUCAUUGCCCUGGCCAAGACUCUGAUCAAGAACUGGAAGCGUUUUCUGGCCAGCCCGGCGCCCACAACGCCCAAUCACAGCUCCUCCAAGGAGGGCUCCACCAACAACAGCAGUGCCUCCAAGUCAUCGAGCGCCGCCAAGUCCUCUUCGUCCUCCUCCAGCAAGGACAAGUCCAAUAGCAGCGGCAGCAGCUCUUCAAAGGACAAGGAGAAGAAGGCUUCCUCGUCCUCACAGUCAUCGUUUCCCUCCGGCGGCAUGACGGAUGCCGUGCGCAUCAAGUGCCGCGAAAUGCUGGCUGCCGCCUUGAAGAUAGGCGAAGUGCCAGAAGGAUGUGGGGAGCCCGAGGAAAUGGCCGCAGAACUGGAGGAUGCCAUCUACUCGGAGUUCAAGAACACGGACAUGAAGUACAAGAAUCGCAUUAGAUCGCGCGUGGCCAAUCUCAAGGAUCCGAAGAACCCUGGCUUACGUGGUAACUUCAUGUGCGGCGCCGUCACUGCCAAGCAGCUGGCCAAAAUGACGCCUGAGGAGAUGGCCAGCGAUGAGAUGAAGAAGCUGCGCGAGAAGUUUGUCAAGGAGGCCAUCAACGAUGCCCAGCUGGCCACCGUGCAGGGCACCAAGACCGAUCUCCUUAAGUGCGCCAAGUGCAAGAAGCGCAACUGCACCUACAACCAGCUGCAGACCCGUUCCGCCGACGAACCGAUGACCACCUUUGUCAUGUGCAAUGAGUGCGGCAACCGAUGGAAGUUUUGCUAACUCCCGUAUCAGUUCCAAAACACUCCCAGCACACAGCACACACAUCCUUCAUACUCUAAUAAACAUUGUAAAGACACGACGUGAGAUAAUAUUUUGUAUAUGCUGGCCCCACGUGGAGCAGCUUACUCUGACCACCCUAACGAAAAGAAAAUAAAUUUCAAUAAACAUUAACUAUUGAUAAAACGUA